AUUCAUAUAUUCCAUUCUAGUCUGCCCUUUGCUUUCUUCUGAAAUGGGGGUGUGUUGGCAAAAUGACAGUAGCACUCUUUUAAAAAGGAAGAGCUUUGUUUCAUCUCACAUUAGCUCUGGCUGAAUUUACAGAAAGUGUUUUUAGUUAUUGCAGAAUAUGUACUUGGUACUUAUAAGCACUUAUUCUAAAAAGAAGAAGCAGCCUCACAAUUGUUCUCAAAAGCUAACUAGAGACAGCAGUUUCCAGGGAUUGAGUCAGAUAGUUGCUUAGGUUGCGCUAAUGUGUGAGGAAUGGUGGUUUUGUUUUUGAAAUGUCACCUAUAUAGGAAGGAUGUACACCAACUUCCUCUCCCUGGUUGCGCGACACACAAAGGCAGCAUUCUGAAAGCAAAACUGAUCCACUGAGGUCGAAACAGAUUGCCUGCCUCAACACAGCUCUCCAAAGAUCUUGCUUUGGAAAUUAGCAGAAAAGAAAAGAGGGAGUCCACAUUCCUCAGUGGAAUCUGCAAAAGGGAAGUAAGCCCAGACUUCCUGUUUGCAAGGGGAAGGAAAACAAAGCAAUGGAGCCAAGCUUCCUCAAAGCUUUCCCAGAGUUUCAAGUCAAUCCAUUCUCAGAAGAGGAGGACAUUGUGCAAGGAGAAAAGAGGAAAUACAUUAAGCCAGCUUCUCGAAAUGACCCUAAACUAGAAGCUCUACAAACAUUCUUUAUGGAUUGGAUUAACACAACUCUGAAGCAUGAACACAUUCUGGUGAAAAGCCUUGAACAAGACAUGUAUGAUGGAUUAGUACUUCACCAUCUCAUAGAGAAACUUGGAUCCCUCAGUCUGGAAGUAGAGAAAAUUGCAUUGACAGAGAAGAAGCAAAGGCUCAAACUCGACAUUAUCCUGAAGUCUGUGAACCAGUGUUUACAGCUAGAAGAAAGCAAACUGAAAUGGAGUGUAGACUCCAUCUUCAGGAAGGACUUGCUGUCCACGUUGCAUCUUCUGGUGGCCAUCGCUGGCCACUUUCAACCAGAGCUCGCCAUACCGCCAAACGUUAAGGUGGAUGUUAUAAACGUAGAGUAUACCGUCAACGGAUUUAAGACAGAAGAUGCAGUUGAGUACAUCACCGGGAGCAGGGAACCUGACGAACGUUCUUCACAAGCUGAAAUCUUUGAUGAAUUAAUGACAUAUGCUCCAGAGAAAGUGGAUGCAGUGAAAGAGGUAUUUUUGAAGUUUGUCAACAGACAUGUUGGGAAGUUAGGACUAAGUGUGAAAGACAUUGACUCUCAGUUUGCAGAUGGGGUUAUUUUACUCUUGCUAAUUGGGCAGCUUCAGGGCUAUUUCCUGAAUCUGGGAGAUUUCUUCCUGAAACCAAGUUCCCCUGCAGAAAUGGUACACAAUGUAAGCCUUGCAGUAGACUUGCUAAUGCACGGAGGCCUUCUGGAUGUACCUAUCAAUCCUGAAGAUCUCGUGAACCGAGAUAUGAAGACCACGUUGCUAGUCUUGUACUGCCUGUUUUCCAAAUACAAGACCAAAGGGGCAUAAAGAACUCAAAUCAAAAGGUCUAUGCCAUAUUGGCUAGUGAAUAGUCUAAUUUUCAGUGCCAAUAAUUGUUUGAUGCUUUGCAUCUACAUACAACUGAUACAUAUUAUAUGCAUAGAUGAGAAUAUGUUUCAGUAACCUAAACUUGGUGGGUGUUGACAUUUACUGGUAAUUCUUAAGGUUUUAAGAGGGUCAGCAGGAAAUGGCAGGUAAGCCAUUUUUUUUUAUAUGUAAAUCCAGCACUGGUCAUGCUGGCCACAUGACCUGGAAAGCUGUGGACAAACGCUGGCUCCCUUGGCCUGAAGUGAGAUUAGCGCCAUGAUCCAUAGUCGCCUUUGACCUGACAUAACCAUCCAGGGGUCCUUUACCUUUUUACCUUUGAGAUGGACCAAUGGCCUCACUUGGUAUAAGGCAGCUCACCGUGUUCCAGUAUUGUGAAUAUUUGUGUGGCAAACAAAGAGUUAGAAAAAGCUCUUAUUUUACAGCCAGUUUGAUUUCCUUUAGUCUAUGCAUUUGACCUUUAAUCAGAUUCACUGUCGGUGCCUUAAUGGAAAAUCUAGGCACCCUGAGCCUCUUUGAUUGCUGACAUUUAGAGCUGAGGAUUUGUUGUGUCUAGAGCUCGAUCAGACAGUUGAGAAGGGCUGCUUAGAUGGCAGCACUGAUUUUGAAGCCCUUGGGUUCAAUCUUCCAAAGAGGUAACCAUGCAAAAAUGAUAUAGGAAAAGUAUUAAAUAAAAUAAUAUGUCUUAGGUUUAUUGCCAAGCAUUUUCCUGUUUCAAUUUUUAGUCUUAAAACAGCCAUUUCAGUGGAAUAUGCAUACUGUAUUUUUCUGUGUAUAAAAUGUCCCCAUAUAUAUAAGAUGCCCCCUCUUUUUUGGGACUCCAAAUACCGGUAGAGAAAAUGGGAGGAGAUUGCCCCUGUGUAUAAGAUGACCCCCACUUUUUAGCAUUAAUUUUAAAUAAAAAACCUAGUCUUAUACAUGGGGAAAAUAUGGUAUAUUCAUUCAUUCAUUCAUUCAUUCAUUCAUUCAUUCUUUCCUGGCAAAUCUUCACCUUUUAAAAACUGUGUUUGGUGCCAUUGUUUCCUUUGGCUGCUUCUUCUUUCUCUUUGCUGAAUGGAUCAUCCUUGCCCAUCAGGCAUCACUUACUGAACAUUUUACAGAAAAAAAAUAUUAAAUGAAAUUUACAUUUUUUGCAAGGAAAAACUGCAUUUUGACAUUCUCUGGCAGUAGAGAUGCUGUUUGUAUUUGAAGAACAUUGCCAGCUGAGCAGAACAAACUUGGAAAUGAAACAUUUGUUCCUGGGAUAGCCAAAAACGUCUUUGCAAGCCCCUUCAACAUCGGGAAGGCUCCCUCAUGUGCCUCACACCAUAUAGUAGGCAUCCAUCAAUGUCUACUCUUGGCAUAGCCAUCUAGGAGAACAUGGGCAGCAUAAGGAGGUGGGGGGAGACAGAAAAGGCUUGAAUGGCACAGUAGGGUGGGUUGUCUCCCCUUUUACUCUGAAGCAACUUGCAAGCCAACAAGCAUCUCAAGAGUGUAUUUCCUUCCUGCAUAUGACCUGCCAAUGCAAUUCUGGGCUGCAUCAAUAGGAGUAUAGCAUCUAGAUCAAGGGAAGUAAUAGUACCACUGUAUUCCGUUCUGGUCAGACCUCACCUGGAAUACUGUGUCCAGUUCUGGGCACCACAGUUCAAGAAGGAUACUGAUAAGCUGGAACGUGUCCAGAGGAGGGCAACCAAAAUGGUCAAAGGCCUGGAAACGAUGCCUUAUGAGGAACGGCUUAGGGAGCUGGGCAUGUUUAGGCUGGAGAAGAGAAGGUUAAGGGGUGAUAUGAUAGCCAUGUUCAAAUAUAUAAAAGGAUGUCAUAUAGAGGAGGGAGAAAGGUUGUUUUCUGCUGCUCCAGAGAAGCAGACACGGAGCAAUGGAUUCAAACUACAAGAAAGAAGAUUCCACCUAAACAUUAGGAAGAACUUCCUGACAGUAAGAGCUGUUCGACAGUGGAAUUUGCUGCCAAGGAGUGUGGUGGAGUCUCCUUCUUUGGAGGUCUUUAAGUGGAGGCUUGACAGCCAUAUGUCAGGAAUGCUGUGAUGGUGUUUCCUGCUUGGCAGGGGGUUGGACUGGAUGGCCCUUGUGGUCUCUUCCAACUCUGUGAUUCUAUGAUUGGGGUGGAGACGUUAGGUAUACAGGACCGAAUCUGUAUACUGGACCGAGGCCAUUUAGGGCUUUAAAGGUCAGUCCCAACACUUUGGAUUGUGCUUGGAAACGUACUGGGAGCCAAUGUAGGUCUUUCAGGACCGGUGUUAUAUGGUCUCGGCGGCCGCUCAGAGUUAACAUGGGGUUGGCAGCCUCUUGUGGGCUCCUUCUGCCCCAAAGAAAGGAACACACAACGAACACUGAGCGUUUCCCCUCUUUUAUUCUGAAGCAAUUUGCAAGCCACCAUCACACACACACACACACACACACACACACACACACACACACACACACACACACACAGCGCACAAGUGAAGCACUGCAGGGCAGACUGAGCUAAAGAAAUACGGGGAUAAAGAAAUGGAGCUAAAGAAGCUUCUCUUAACAGCUCUGUGCGCCUCCAGGAAAGUUCCUUGCCAUUGUGCCAUGGCUCCAAGCGAAGCAUCAUCUGGGCACACCAACAGAGGGGAGAGGGAGUCAGGGAGACACAAUCACACCCACACUCCACACACAAGCAGUGCAGUUUUAACAAGGGACCGGCUGCAGCUGACAGUGUCGGCUGGGUCAAUGAAAAACCAAGUGCUUUUUGCUGGCUGGUGGCUGCUGCUUCACAAAAACAAACACACCAGACACAUGUGCACCCACAAGCAGUACACACGCAGCCCAGCCUGGCACCUUUAAUCAAGAGCCUGGAGGGAAGAAGUCCCCGCUUGCAGGCUGGAUGGCUGGUGAGACAGAGAUAUAACUGGUUCUCAAAGCUCUGCUGGGCGAUUUUUGAAUCAGUGAUUUGUAGCUUGGGACCCUCGUACCUACGGGACCGCCUCUCCUGGUAUGCCCCGCGGAGGACCUUAAGGUCCACAAACAACAACAUUCUGUAGAUCCCGAGCCAUAAGGUGGCUAGAUUGGCCUCUACUGGGGCCAGGGCCUUUUCAGUAUUGGCCCCAACUUGGUGGAACGCUCUUUCACAGGAGACCAGGGCCCUGCGGGAUUUGUCAUCUUUCCGCAGGGCCUGCAAGACAGAGCUGUUCCGCCUGGCCUUUGGGCUGGACUUAGUCUGACCCCUGUGUUUUCCUCCCUCAUGGCUUGGAUUCAUGGACUACUUAAAAUGAGGCUGCAUUUUAAAUUUUAAUAUUGUAUUUUAAUCUGUAUUUUAAUUAAUUGUUUUUUAUGUUUUAUUGUAAUUUUAUUGGUGUGAGCCACCCUGAGCCCAAUUUUGACUGGGGAGGGCGGGGUAUAAAUAAAAUUUUAUUAUUAUUAUUAUUUAUUUAUUUAUUUAUUUCUUGUUGCUGCAGGAGGUAGGGAAGAGCUGACUGAGGUGGAGUUAGCAAGCGCUGCACACACAGGAAGAGGUUUUCUGGUUUUUCCAAAAUUGUGAUUUUUUAAUACCACACACACGAUACGCGAUAAAUUGCAAAGUCAUUUUGUAAAAAACAGUUAUCACGAUUUGAUCUAAAACCCGCUAUCAGACGAUAUAUUGAUUUAUAACACAGCCCUACUGUCAGUAUCUGACUGCUUGUUUGGCAGGCAAGCUGUUGUUGUUGUUUAGUCAUUUAGUCGUGUCCGACUCUUCGUGACCCCAUGGACCAGAGCACGCCAGGCACUCCUGUCUUCCACUGCCUCCCGCAGUUUGGUCAGACUCAUGUUUGUAGCUUCGAGAACAUUGUCCAACCAUCUCGUCCUCUGUCGUCCCCUUCUCCUUGUGCCCUCCAUCUUUCCCAACAUCAGGGUCUUUUCCAUGGAGUCUUCUCUUCUCAUGAGGUGGCCAAAGUAUUGGAGCCUCAGCUUCAGGAUCUGUCCUCCCAGUGAGCACUCAGGGCUGAUUUCCUUCAGAAUGCUUAAGUUUGAUCUUCUUGCAGUCGAUGGGACUCUCAAGACUCUCCUCCAGCACCAUAAUUCAAAAGCAUCAAUUCUUUGGCGAUCAGCCUUCUUUAUGGUCCAGCUCUCACUUCCAAACAUCACUACUGGGGAAACCAUAGCUUUAACUAUAUGGACCUUUGUCGGCAAGGUGAUGUCUCUGCUUUUUAAGAUGCUGUCUAGGUUUGUCAUUGCUUUUCUCCCAAGAAGCAGGCGUCUUUUAAUUUCGUGACUGCUGUCACCAUCUGCAGUGAUCAAGGAGCCCAAGAAAGUAAAAUCUCUCACUGCCUCCAUCUCUUCCCCUUCUAUUUGCCAGGAGGUGAUGGGACCAGUGGCCAUGAUCUUCAAUCAGAGCCAUACCGUAUGGGGACAAAAAUGUGGCAUUUCUGCCAGUUAGUUACAGGGUGGUAUUCUUAAGCAGCUUCCUGUGCACAUGGGAGCUGGUAUUUUGCCUACUUCCAACUACAGCAUUUUGACCAUGAACACAGUAGAGAGCAGAUGCAUUAAAAAUGAAAUGAUUACGGCAUGGCUUGCAUUUUGUAAAAGGGUAUAUGUUCCUGGCUGCCACUGGAUUGUGUCUUAAAACAUUUUCAGAUUUUAUUUUCCUGGUUGUCACAGCAAAUCCACUUGAGAAAAGGGUAUAAAUUGUUUGCUUGUAUGUCAAUAAUAAUAAUAAUAAUAAUAAUAAUAAUAAUAAUAAUAAUAACAACAAUAAUUUUAA